AUGAGUUCAACGCAAUCGCCUAGCGACGCGCCAGGUGUCGCCGGUGGGCUUCAGCCAUCAUACACCUAUGUCCAAAAUGAAGGGUACAUUCAGCCUGAUGACACGAACACCGAAGUGGCGAAGCAGGAACCCACUGAGCAUGAGGAUGUUGAACAGGAUGAUGAUGAUGAAUAUUACGACGAUAUCUUUGAGGAGGAACAAAUGGACCAGGAGGAUUUCCAGUCAUCUGAUCCCUCCGAUUUAACAAAGGCCUACAACCGCCAGCGCAAGAUAAAUGAUCUUGCUUCCGACCCGAACGCACCGAGGUGGACCUAUCCCAAGACGAAUACGCAGAAGCCGACAGUCAAUACGUACGCCUCGGUUGACGAUCAGGUGAAAUCUCUGACUCGCCAUGCUGCCAAAAUCAAACUCGACGAUCAGCAAGCCGGCCUGUCCGGUGGAAGUGGACGUGGUGGAGAUCGCGCUGAUCGCGCAACAUCGGAACAGGUGUUGGAUCCUCGUACUCGAAUGAUCCUUCUGCAAAUGAUCAACCGCGGAUUGGUGUCCGAAAUUCACGGCUGCUUGUCUACCGGAAAGGAGGCCAAUGUCUACCAUGCUAUGUCAUUGUCCGAAAAUGACCUGGAUGCUGCCCCGGAACACCGUGCCAUCAAGGUUUACAAGACCAGCAUCUUGGUCUUUAAGGACCGCGAUAAGUACGUUACUGGCGAAUUCCGGUUCCGCCAAGGAUACAACAAGAGCAACAAUCGCGCAAUGGUCAAGCUUUGGGCCGAGAAGGAAAUGCGCAACUUGCGGAGAAUUUACUCUGCCGGUAUCCCCUGCCCGGAGCCAAUCUAUCUGCGACUUCAUGUCUUGGUAAUGGGCUUCCUUGGUAGCUCCAAGGGUCUUCCUGCACCUCGCCUCAAGGAUGUCGAGUUUGAUAUCGCAGAGCCUGAGACUCGCUGGCGAUCAUUAUAUCUGGAAUUGCUGAGCUAUAUGCGCGUGAUGUACCAAACCUGUCGCCUGGUCCACGCCGAUCUUAGCGAGUAUAACAUUCUCUACCACAAGCAAAAACUUUACAUCAUUGAUGUUAGUCAAAGUGUGGAACAUGAUCACCCUCGCAGCUUGGAAUUUCUCCGCAUGGAUGUCAAAAACGUGGGCGACUUCUUCCGCCGAAAGGGCGUCGACACUCUGCCCGAACGCACAACCUUCCAGUUCAUUCUUUCCCCUGAAGGGACCACGGACAUGAGCCAAGGCACCGAGCCAAUAUUUGAGGAGAUCGAAAAGCUAUACGUCGCUCGCGCUGAGGGUGGUGAUCAGGAGAAUGAGGAGGUUGACACUGCCGUCUUCCGACAGCAAUACAUCCCGCAGACCCUUGAGCAGGUCUACGACGUGGAGCGUGAUGCCGAGAAGAUUCGAGAUGGAGCAGGUGACGAUCUCGUCUAUGGAGACCUGCUCGCUACGGGCAAGUCCAAGCCAACGGAGGCCGAGGACGACGAUGAGAACUCUGACACAUCUGGUGGAGUUUCUGUCUCAGGUUCUGACUCUGAAGGCGAAGAGGGAGACGGUGCCGAGCGUGAUCCCUUUGCGAAGAAGGCACCGCGCGGCAAGCGUUUCGAGGACAAGGAGUCCAAGCGUGAGCAUAAGGCUAAGGUCAAGGAGGAGAAGCGCGAGCAGCGUGCCCACAAGAUGCCUAAACACCUCAAGAAACGCUUGGUGUCCACGUCUUCUCGCAAGAAGAAAUAG